UUCCCGUACGAGUUGCGCUGAGUUUUCCACUGAAUCCAAACAGACAAUGGACCCUGACAUUGCGCGGUGGGUUGCGGAAUUCCACCUCCGUAGUUCCGCCCCCGACUCCCUCGUCUCCAAGAUCCUUAAGGUCCUUAAUCUCUCUGGCGCCGAUCCCAACCUUAAGAAAACCCUACUCCUCCGCACCCUCCGAUCCCAACUCUGCAAUGCCUCAAUCACCGAAACCGCUCUCGAGAUACUGGAGCAAAUCGAAGCGAUUGACCGAAACGACGCCGUUCCGAUAAUCGAUUCCAUGCGCAGGGCCUACUGCGCCGUCGCCGUCGAGUGCACUGUCAAGUACCUCGCCGCCUCCUACGACGGCACCACCAGCGGUAAGUACUUAUCCGCGGUGACGCGUAUCUGGCGCGGCCGCGUGGAGGAGUUGGAGCAGCGCCAGAGCGAGCUGUUCUUCGACGAGACUGCGCGAUGGAGGGACGACAUUGAGGCCGCACUUUUUGACACUAGGGUUUCUGAUAGGUUGAAGGAGUUGAAUACCCGAAACGACGCGUUUACUGAAGUUAGGUUUUAUCUGCAGGAAGUGUGGGAAACAAUGGGUCCUUCUUUUCUUGAAUCGGUAGCAGAAAUGACAAAGAACAAAGGAAAGACGAAAGGCAAGGGGAAAGAAUUGCCGAAUGUGAUUUUGAAUCCGGUGCCGGAGACUAGAGUGGUAGGGUGUACGACAGGUGUUUGCAGAAAUGCCUCUGGUGCUGAACAGGCAAGGGAUCAUGAUGUUGAUGACAAUGGUGACGUAGACAAUGAUGGUUCACGUUGCAUGGACGGUGUGGAGGUGAAGAGAGCUGAAGGUUCUGUUGAUGGAACCCAGGAGCAUGCAAAGAAGAAGAAAGCAAGAGGCAAUCCUCAACUUAAACGCAAGCCGCCUGCAUUUCGUAGAUGCAGUAGAGGAGUUAAAAUGUCUAGUGCUGAGGAAUUGGGGACAGAAAGGUCAAGGAGAAAAAAUGAUACUGUGCUAAGUGGAGAAGUUAAAACGGCCCGAGAAUCUCUUAAAUCAAGUUCUUCGGAGCUACGGGCAUUGGUCAAUGAUCCUCUUCCUGAGGCAUUGGAUAUACCUGACGCUGUUAGAUCUAAACUUGCACGGAAAGGUACAAAUCAUGAACAGCCAAUGGAAAACCAUAACGGAGAUGCAGAUGUACGAAACUCAAAUACUUGCAGGACUACUAUUCCUUAUCAACCUAAUGAUGCCGAGCACAAGAAGUCGGCUUCUGUUGAGCCGAACAAAACUGCUCAUAAAAGACCCAAUUUGAUGGAGCCGAGUGGUACUUCUCAAACUUGUGAGAUGUGGACUACCAAAGACUGUUUUUUACACAACAAGAUGGUUUAUAUAUAUAAUAUUUUUUUGCCUGCUUGGUUUGGGCAUUCAGUUUGUACUUGUUUAUAUCUUUUCAUUGGCAUCUUAGUUAUUUCUUUAUCUUUGCAGUGGAAUGAUUCAAUAGAAAACAUGCCCAAUGGAAUGCAGCCAAGAAGGAAGAAAAGGAAGAAUAGAAAAUGGUCUUCAUUAGAAGAGGUGACACUAAGGACUGGUGUACAAAUGUAUGUGUUAGCUCUAAACUAGUCAAACCAAAAAGAUUCAGGGUGAACUGUCUUGAAUGUUUGGUGCAGGAAAUUGGAAAACAAUUCAAAGUUUUUACAGUGAUGUAUUUGAACAUAGACUAGCAGUUGAUUUGAAGGACAAGUGGAGAAACAUGAUGCGGUAGUGAUGGACAUGUGUAUAUCUUAGGGAGGUUCUUACUUCUAUGGAUGCAACCAAGUUUUUUUGAAGAGGGAUCUAUGACCUAAGUACCAACUUUGCUGCCAAUACACUUCAGUUUUAUACCUGGCUUUAAGAGCUCAUCUAAAGGUACAUAAAUCCAAGAUUAUGUGGGAAGCUUGAGACAGAAAGGAAUGCAGCCAAUUUUGUUGCAACUGAUUAGUACUAUGUGUAGAGAUAUAUGAAAUAAAGUGUAUGGAUCUUACAUAAACGAUUCAAAGAGCAAUAAUCUCUGUGUUGAUCAAUAAUAUUUAAUCGUUCCAUGCAAGAAUUUUAUCCAUCUUUCCAAG